AUGCAACAAUCCACAUCCUUUGUUCUUGUUCAUAGUGAUGCGAUUAUGUUCGAGUUUGUUUUCCACGAAAUCUGUAUUAUUAUGCUAAGUGCAUCAACGAUAUCAAGAUGUGAUGCACAUUGGAAUCUAUCACUCAAUCAUACACGAUCAAUUACAUUCAAAAUCAAUACAGAUUCAGUUCAGCAUUGCCAAAGAACAUCCAUGGUCGAACAGAUUCUGGAUGCAUCACCGAAGCCGAAGCUCUCGUCUCUGGUAAUGGCAUGGAUGGAUUUUCGUCAUUGUUCGCGAAAAUAUCACAAUCUGAAAUACGUUCACCUUUUGUUAAGUGGAAUAUACAUACAAUGUGAACCUUGUUUUGACAUUGACCGGUUGGACGAGUUAGUACCUCAUCUGUCUGUACUCAAAACAAGUGAUGCGGUUCUGAUGCUGAAUGAACAUCUGAUUGAAUUUACAUUAGUCCUCGAUUUGAUCAGUUGGUACAUUUAG